AUGUACGAUCCCGCCGGCAUGCUGGUGGCGCUGGCCGGCCUCAGUGCCAACGACGCGCAGGCUGAUGCCUUGGAGACGAAGCUCUUGGCCUUCGAGCCGCUGAUUGCGGCGCCGCUGCGCACCGAGGCGAUGAAGGCCGAGGGGGGGGGGGAGGGGGGGCGGUCUCCGGGGUGA